CCCCAGAAUUGAGAGCUGGAUUACUCCGUACCUACCUUCAAAUCCCAAACAUUUAAUAACCCCAGCCGGCCGGGAGACGUCUAACGCACUUCACGUGAUCUCGGCCUCACCAAUGACCCUGUCUGAAGGUGUCAGAGAUCAGGAUUUCAGGAUAUCUCUGUUUUUCGCCAGUUGCCGGUUUCGUACCCGUUACCCUCGUGUAUGGCUUGUUUUGGUGGACCAGACCCCGUAUUUGCCGUAUUCUCCCCCACGGAACCGUGUCUCGCAUCCUAUAGUGUAACAGACCCCUCGUUCUUUGCCUAUUGAGGAAGUCAUGGCCUACGUGGCCAUGAUCUGUAUACAGAAUAUAAGAUGGGCGUUUUCGUGGUUUUCACGCUCACCAGGCCCAGAAGGAGCUUUUUAGCUGAGCCAGCGCAUUCAUCUUCUUUGCAUACACAGUCGGCUAAGGAAAAACAAUCAUGGCAGCACCCUCAUCACCAUCACCAGUCCGCGCCUCCCCAAAAGUCAUCGACUUACUCACUCGACUGCACAAACAAUCCAUAGACCAAGAUCCUGAAGUCAACGCGACCCUAAAUUCAGCCAUCGAACUCCGCAAACAUGAUCCCACCGAACUCCACAAACAUGAUCCCAUCGAAUCCACUCGCGAGCUUAACGAGCUGAUGCUGGAUAAGUUCGUCGCGUUGGAUCAAGACAAAUGCGAAUUUUUGUACCAACUCGUUCUCGCUACCGGAGCCAAGCAUGUUGUUGAAGCCGGGACGAGCUUCGGCGUGAGCACUAUCUACCUAGCGCUCGCUAUAUCUGAGAACUCGAAGGAGGGAAAGGUUAUUGCAACGGAAAAGGAGGCUAGCAAGGCGGCAAGGGCGAGGGAGCAUUGGAGGGAGGCUGGGGAGGAGGUUGAGAAGUAUAUUGAGCUUAGGGAGGGUGAUUUAUUGGAAACGUUGAAGAGUGGUCUUGAGAAGGUAGACCUUCUACUGCUGGAUAUUUGGACUCCCCUGGUGCUGCCGACGCUGAAGACUGUGCAAAGUUGUUUAACGCCAGGUGCGGUGAUUGUGGCCGACAACACUAUCUCUUCUGCGGCCGGAUACGCGGACUUCUUGAGUUAUGUUCGCGAUCCGGCAGGGCCGUUUAGAAACCUAACUCUACCAUACACGAAUGGUUUGGAAGUUAUUGUGUAUAGGCCAUAAACCCUCUACCACGUCAGUCUAGCCAGUAGAAUUGAAAGCACGAAUCUCAUCCUCUGAGAUGUAGAAUAGGUAUUUGUACGGCUCUAGGGUAUCCGCUGGCUAUGAGUCUAAGUACUGGAGAGUGGUGAAAUAUACCUAGUUAACUUAACUUAACUUAGUUAACUAAUUACUAUUUAAGACUAAAUCUCCAUUUCACAAACCC